AUGCAGCCCCACUGCUCAGGCUUCAAUAGGUGAUGGUGUUGUGAUGAAUACUGUGGGUUGUGAGAUGUGGUGACCUGACUGACUGACUAAGGCUGUGCUUCUGUGACAUCAGGACUUAAUCAUCAGGAUUCAGAGUUUAUGUUUCUCAGGAGUCUGUUUUCACUUCCUCUUUUAGUCUCUCUCUCGUACUCUCUCUGUUUCUCUCUCUCUCUCUCUCUCUCUCUCUCUCUCUCUCUCUCUCUCUCUCUCUCUCUCUCUCUCUCUCUCUCUCUGUUUCUGCCUCUCUCCCUCCGUUUUCUCUCUCUCUCUCCCUCUGUUUCACUCUCUCACAAUUCAAUUCAAUUUACAUUUAAGGGCAUUAUUGGCAUGGGGUCACUUAGAAAUGUCCUUGUUGUCCUUGUUUUCCAUGAAAACAUAAAUGAAAUGAGUUUGAAUAGGAAAUAUAGCAAAAUGAAUAGGAAAUGUAGUCAUUGACAAGGUUAGAAAUAAUGAUUUUUAAUUGAAAUAAUAAUUGUGUCCUUCAAACUUUGCUUUCGUGAAAUAAUCCUCCAUUUGCAGCAAUUACAGCCUUGCAGACCUUUGGCAUUCUAGUUGUCAAUUUGUUGAGGUAAUCUGAAGAGAUUUCACCCCAUGCUUCCUGAAGCACCUCCCAAAAGUUGGAUUGGCUUGAUGGGCACUUCUUACGGUCAAGCUGCUCCAACAACAGCUCAAUAGGGUUGAGAUCCGGUGACUGUGCUGGCCACUCCAUUAUAGACAGAAUACCAGCUGACUGCUUCUUCCCUAAAUAGUUCUUGCAUAGUUUGGAGCUGUGCUUUGGGUCAUUUACCACCCCCAGAUCAUCACAUUGCCUCCACCAUGCUUGACAGAUGGCAUCAAGCACUCCUCCACCAUCUUUUCAUUUGGUCUGCGUCUCACAAAUGUUAUUCUUUGUGAUCCGAACACCUCAAACUUCGAUUUGUCUGUCCAUAACACUUUUUUCCAAUCUUCCUCUGUCCAGUGUCUGUGUCCUUUUGCCCAUCUUUUCUUUUUAUUGGCCAGUCUGAAAUAUGGCUUUUUCUUUGCAACUCUGCCUAGAAGGUCAGGAUCCCGGAGUCGCCUCUUCACUGUUGACGUUGAGACUGGUGUUUUGCGGGUACUAUUUAAUGAAGCUGCCAGUUGAGGACCUGUGAGGCGUCUGUUUCUCAAACUAGACACUCUAAUGUAUUUGUUCUCUUGCUCAGUUGUGCACCGGGUCCUCCCACUCCUCUUUCUAUUCUGGUUAAAGCCAGGUUGCGCUGUUCUGUGUAGGGAGUAGUACACAGCGUUGUACAAGAUCUUCAGUUUCUUGGUAAUUUCUCGAAUGGAUUAGCCUUCAUUUCUCAGACCAAGAAUAGACUGACAAGUUUCAGAAUAAAGUGAUUUGUUUCUGACCAUUUUGAUCCUGCAAUCGAACCCACAAUUGCUGAUGCUCCAGAUACUCAACUAGUCUCAAGAAGGCCAGUUUUAUUGCUUCUUUAAUCAGCACAACAGUUUUCAGCUGUGCUAACAUAAUUGCAAAAGGGUUUUCUAAUGAUCAAUUAGCCUUUUAAAAUGAUAAACUUGGAUUAUUUAUAUUAUUAUUAUGAUUAGCAAACACAACGUGCCAUUGGAACACAGGACUGAUGGUUGCUGAUAAUGGGCCUCUGUACACCUAUGUAGAUAUUCCAUAAAAAAUCAGCCGUUUCCAGCUACAAAAUGGACAAAAAAAAUGAUUUUCUUUCGAAAAAAAUGACAUUUCUAAGUGACCCCAAACUUUUGGACGGUAGUGUAUGUUAACAUUGCCAAAGCAAGUGAAAUAGAUCAUAAACAAAACUGAAAUAAACAAUACAUAUUAACAGUAAACAUUACUCUCACAAAAGUUCCAAAAGAAUAAAGACAUUUCAAAUAUCAUAUUAUGUAUAUAUACAGUGUUGUAACGAUGUGCAAAUAGUUAAAGUACAAAAGGGAAAAUAAAUAAACAUAAAUAUGGGUUGUAUUUACAACGGUGUUUGUUCUUCACUGGUUGCCCUUUUCUUGUGGCAACAGGUCACACAUCUUGCUGCUGUGAUUGCACACUGUGGCAUUUCACUCAAUAGAUAUGGGUGUUGCUUUAAAUUGGGUUUGUUUUCGAAUUCUUUGUGGGUCUGUGUAAUCUGAGGGAAAUAUGUGUCUCUAAUAUGGUCAUACAUUUGGCAGGAGGUUAGGAAGUGCAGCUCAUUUUGUGGGCAGUGUGCACAAAGCCUGUCUUCUCUUGAGAGCCAGGUCUGCCUACGGCGGCCUUUCUCAAUAGCAAUGCUAUGCUCACUGAGUCUGUCUCUCUCUCUCUCUCUCUUGCUCAUUCUGACACUCUCUCUCUGUCUGUCUGUCUGUCUGUCUGUCUGUUUCUGUCUAUGUCUCUCUUUCUCUCCCUCUACCCUCUCAUCUUCUUUUUCUCUUCUUUCCCAACCCAACCCUCUCUCCCUACCUUGCUCCUCCAGAGUGUGAUUGGAGCUGUAAUGAGUGUAAGGGUCCUCUGCGUACCGAUUGUCUACAGUGUAUGGAGGGACACGUUCUGCAGGACGGACUCUGCACCCAGGGCUGCUCCCCAGGGUCCUAUCAAUAUGGAGAGAGAUGCCUCAGUACGUGCCUGAAUAGAAUGAUCAUUUCACUUAUUAAAUCUUUCAGUGUUGUUGUCUGUUUUAAGUCAGUUAUACCUUUUAACUUGUGUUAUGUUCACUCUCAAUGUCUCUGUCCCCUCUCUCGCUCUGUCAAUGUUUCUGUCCUCUCUGUCCCCUCUCUCGCUCUGUCAAUGUCUCUGUCCUCUCUCUCUCUCUCUCUCUCUCUCUCUCUCUCUCCUCUCUCAUCUCUCUCUCUCUCUCUCAUCUCCCUCGUCUCUCUGGUCAUGUCUAUGUUCCCCCCCGCCUCUCUCUCUCUCUAUCUCAUCUCCUCUCUGCUCUCUCUAUCUCUCGUCUUCUCUCUCUCUUCUAUCUCUCUCUCUCUGUCAGUCUAUGUUCCCUUCUCUAUCUUCUCUCUCUCUCUCUCUCUCUCUCUCUUUCUCUCUCCUUGUCAAUGUUUGUCCCUAUCUCUCUCUCUCUCUCUCUCUCUCUCUCUGUCUCUCUUUCUCUCUCGCUCUCUUUAUCUCUCUCUCUCGCUCUCUUUCUCUCUCUCUCUCGCUCUCUCGCUCUCUCUCUCUCUCUCUCGCUUUCUCUGUGCGCCAGGUUGUGAUGAACACUGUGAAAUAUGCCACGGGCCAGGCCAGUGUGGGCGAUGCCAGACUCCUUAUUCCACCCUGCAGGGCCACUGUGUGUUGGAGUGUGGAAGGAAAUUAUUCCUGGACUCCUCUCUGAAACAAUGCACAUGUAAGACUACACAGUAAAUCAAAGAGAGUUGAAUACUGAACAACACUGCAGAGAGUUUAAAAAAGUAAAAUUAACAGAGUUAUUUUCAAUUAAUGCUGUACAGAAUGAAACGCAAUGUUGCAGAAUUAAAUAUCAACACUAAAUGGAGCAUAUACAACUCCGAAAAAAUUACUAUCUUGCCAGAGUACGUUUUACUCUUUUUAGAAUGGGACCGAAUGUUAUCUGUGGCAGAGUGACAUUUUCUUCAAUUAGAGUUAAAUUUACUCUGUCGUUUUUUUACUAUGUAUUCAUUCACUCUAUGCAGCUCUGUUUAUGUUUAUUCAAACAACAUACAUAAAAUGUGAUGUCAUAAUUAUAUAAAACAUAAGUAAAAAGAUACACAUAAGACUCUUCAUUCAGAACAAAUUGUUUUUUCUACCGCGUUUCGGCCCAGUUACAUACAGACAAUAUUGAGGCAUAAUUGAGCUUCUUAAGUGUUGUUUCCUCUCUUCCUGUUACCCAGCAUGCUCAGCUGACUGUGUAGAGUGUGAGGGGAUGGGUCGCUGCACCGUGUGCAGUCAAAACACCUACCUAAGAGACGGAUACUGUACUCCGGACUGUGGACAUGGUUUCUACGCCGACAAGAAGACCAGGACUUGCCAUGGUAAGUUUUCAGCUCUUUUUCAGUACAGUAAUGACAGAACCAAUUGACUUGGUUGUACAGAGAAAACAAGAGAGGAACUAGUACCAAGCCCUGGGGGACACCAGUAGAGAGAACAGGAGAGGACCUAGUACUGAACCCUGGGGGACACCAGUAGAGAGAACAGGAGAGGACCUAGUACUGAACCCUGGGGGACACCAGUAGAGAGAACAGGAGAGGACCUAGUACUGAACCCUGGGGGACACCAGUAGAGAGAACAGGAGAGGACCUAGUACUGAACCCUGGGGGACACCAGUAGACAGAACAGGAGAGGACCUAGUACUGAACCCUGGGGGACACCAGUAGAGAGAACAGGAGAGGACCUAGUACUGAACCCUGGGGGACACCAGUAGACAGAACAGGAGAGGACCUAGUACUGAGCCCUGGGGGACACCAGUAGAGAGAACAGGAGAGGACCUAGUACCUAGCCCUGGGGGACACCAGUAGUGAAACAUUAAAGAGGACCUAGUACCUAGCCCUGGGGGACACCAGUAGAGAGAGACAAAAAACAUUAGGAAGCUUGUAACGUAGGGGACACUCAGGAAAGGAGAGAGGCGAGAGAAGGCGAGAGGAGGAAGGAGAGAAGGGAGGAAAGGAAAGAGGGAGAAAAGAAAGAGAGAGGAAAAAAGAAAGAGGAGGAGACAGGAGGAGAAGAAAGAAAGAAAAAAAACAGUAAAAGAAAAAAAAGAAAAAGAAAGAAAAAGAAAGAGGAAAGACAGACAAAGAAAAACCCCCCAUCCCUCCCCCCCUCCCUCCAUCCCUCCCUCCCCCCUCCCUCCCUCCUCCCGACUCCCCCCCCACCUCCCUCCCUCCCUCCCCUCCUCCUCCUCCAGCUAACAGCCAGUCCCCAACCCUGCGUAUCGGUGGCUCUCUGCUGGUACCCAUCGGGGGCACUAAACACCUGGACACCACCAUACUCUCUGCCCAGGACAAAGACAGGUGGGGAGACUCAAUUAAUGAAGUUAUUAAUGGACGAAUGCAUUCAUGAAUUAAUUAACCCCACCCUUCUCUCUGCUAAAAGUGUGAUUUGUGAUAUUUAUCAAAUGAAAUGCACUUUAAAUGAAGUUUGAUUUGAUGUUGACCUGCCAGCCCCCCAGAGAGCUUGGUCUUCCAGCUGCUGCAGCCCCCUGCUACAGGCCGUGUGGUCGUCCUAGAGGGGGGCAGGGAGAUAGAGAUGGCCCGAGACGACACCUUCUCCUGGGCACAGCUACAGAGCAGACAGGUCCGCUUCACUCACGACAAGGACCAGGCCAAGUGAGUAUACUGAGAAAGAAAGAAAUGUCUCUCGAUGUCGAUCUAAAAAUAUGUUUUUCUCUUGAUUUCUUUCUUUCUCUCUCUCUCUCUCUCUCUCUCUCACUCUCUCUCUCACUCUCUCUCUCGCCCUCUCUCGCUUUCUCUCUCUCUCUCUCUCUCGCUCUCUCUUUCUCUCUCUGUCUGUCUCCCUCUACAUUUCUCUCUCUCUCUCUCUCUCUCUCUCUCUCUCUCUCUCUCUCUCUCUCUCUCUCUCUGCUCUCUCUCUCUCUCCUCCCCCAAUUCAAUUCAAUUUAAGGGCUUUAUGGCAUGGGAAACGUGUGUGUUAACAUUGCCAAAGCAAGUGAAGUAGAUAGUAAACAAAAGUGAAAAUAACAAUAAAUAUUAACAGUAAACAUACACUCAGAAGUAAAGUGGUAGCAAUAUUCUAGACGAGCUCAUCGAGAGGAGAGAGCGAGAGAGAAGAGCACGAGGGAGAGAAGGGAUCGUAUCUGUCUAUACUAUAGAGCCUCGAGACGGUAUCGAUCUCUAUCCGUAGAGAUAGUCCCCUCAUCCCUUUCUCUCUCUCUCUCUCUCUCUCUCUAUCUAUCUCUCUCUCUCUCUCUCUCUCUCUCUCUCUCUCUCUCUCUCUCUCUCUCUCUCUCUCUUCUCUCUCUCUCUCUAAUGAGUGUAUGUUUGUGUUGUUGUAUUGUUCUAGGAGUGGACAGUUCACCCUGCGUGUGGCUGACCCCCAACUCUUUUCCCAACCAGAGACCAUUCUGGUCCAGGCAGUGUCCAUGCAGGUACAAUGUACAACACACAACGACUGUAUUUACACCUACAAUUAGUGCUUUGUUUACUGUGAUAGAAGUUGCAGUAUUACAGUAAGUGCGUUGUUUGCUGUGAUAGAAGUUGCAGUUUUACAGUAGGUGUAUUGUUUACUGUGAUAGAAGUUGCAGUAUUACAGUAAGUGCUUUGUUUGCUGUGAUAGAAGUUGCAGUAUUACAGUAGGUGUAUUGUUUACAGUGAUAGAAGUUGCAGUAUUACAGUAGGUGUAUUGUUUACUGUGAUAGAAGUUGCAGUAUUACAGUAAGUGUAUUGUUUACUGUGAUAGAAGUUGCAGUAUUACAGUAAGUGCGCUGUUUGCUGUGAUAGAAGUUGCAGUAUUACAGUAAGUGCGUUGUUUGCUGUGAUAGAAGUUGCAGUAUUACAGUAAGUGCAUUGUUCGCCCAAAUAUGAACCCUGCCCUGCCUCGUUCAUAAACAGAGAGCAACCCUGCCUUGCCUCAUUCAUAAACACAGAGCAACCCUGCCCUGCCUCGUUCAUAAACACAGCAACCCUGCCCUGCCUCGUUCAUAAACAGAGAGCAACCCUGCCCUGCCUCGUUCAUAAACACAGAGCAACCCUGCCUUGCCUCGUUCAUAAACACAGAGCAACCCUGCCUUGCCUCUUUCAUAAACACAGAGGAACGUUAGCCUAGCCCUCCUUGCGUGUUUCAGAGGGGAUUUCUAAAUGAUUGUGGGGUUCUAGCUUAGCGCUUAGCAUGCUAGCAUGUUGUGGCAUGCAGUAGCAGGCACCCAUAGUGUGUUUGCUACCAGCCGUGUCCAAUGGGGCUGUUUCCCUCCGAGCUCUGUAGCUAGGGACAACUCUCCAGCCACAACAAGGUGUGUGUGUUUGUGUGCGUGUGCGUGUGUGUGUGUGUGUGCGUGCGUGUGUGUGUUUGUGUGCGUGUGUGUGUUUGUGUGUAUGUGUGCGUGCGUGCGUGUGUGUGUGUGUUUGUGUGUGUGUGUGUGUGUGCGUGCGUGCGUGUGUGUGUGUGUGUGUUUGUGUGCGUGUGUGGGGCGAGACAUUACAGACUUCCCUCUCUUCUCUGGGGCUGCGUCACAAAUGUCACCCUAUUUCCCUAUAUAGUCCCAUAGGGUCAAAAGUAGUGCACUGCAAAGGGAUUAGUGUGACCUUUGGGACUUAGCCCCAGAGAAGUCCAGGUCUGUCAUGCUUAGGUAUAGCAGCUGGAACUGAACAGCCCUGUACACCUCUGAAGGGGAGACCGAUAAAUCAACCAUCUCUACUCCCUCUGUGCUGAAUUCACUCCUUACCUCGUCCCCAGGCUAUUGUACACAGUAUAUACCAGGCUAUUGUACACAGUAUAUAUCAGGCUAUUGUACACAGUAUAUAUCAGGCUAUUGUACACAGUAUAUAACAGGAUAUUGUACACAGUAUAUAUCAGGCUAUUGCACACAGCACAUAAAAGGCUGGUACAUUAACGAUUGAAAUUUGGCCUUAGUGGGAGUGACCACAGAAGUACAUGGGAGUGACCACAGAAGUAUAUGGGAGUGACCACAGAAGUAUAUGGGAGUGACCACAGAAGUAUAUGGGAGUGACCACAGAAGUAUUGUCAGAUCGUGUUGUAGGUGUGGUGUAGGAAUCAAACGCAGGAAGCAGACUGAAUUCCAAAAAGCUGUAUUCCUGCCUAAACACAGGCAACAGGACAAAAUAAGCCUGACAGCAAAAUACGCACGAAGGCGAAAAGACAAUGCGCACAAACAGGUGCGUCAGGAUGAAAAUAAGUGCACACACAAGUGCAACGAACGCUCCAGCAAACAGUGGAGAAAAAUAACGCUCAACCGAGCAAUACACAGACUGACGGUAACAAUCACACACAACACAAGACAAACACAACGAGAAACUUAUAGGACACUAAUUACUACAAAACAGAAACAGGUGUAGAAACAAACAGACAAAAGCAAACGAACAUGAAACAUCAAUCGGUGGCAGCUAGAAUUCCGGAGACGACGAACGCCGAAGCCUGCCCGAACAAGGGAGAGAGGCAGCCUCGGCCGAAACCGUGACAGUACCCCCCCCUUGACGCGCGGCUCCAGACGUGCGCCGACUCCGGCCUUGGGGACGACCCGGAGGCCGCGGCGCAGGGCGCGUCGGAUACCCCCGAUGGAAUUCCGUCAGGAGCGACGGAUCCAAGAUGUCUCUCCUCGGCACCCAGCACCGCUCCUCCGGACCGUACCCCUCCCACUCCACUAGAUACUGAAGACCCCCUCUCCGACGUCUAGAAUCCAAGAUGGAUCUCACGGUGUACGCCGGUACCCCCUCGAUGUCCAACGGGGGCGGGGGGGUCUCCAAGAUCUCAUGUUCUUGGAGUGGGCCUGCUACCACCGGCCUGAGAAGGGACACAUGGAACGAGGGGUUAAUACAUUUAUACUCCACUGGCAACUGUAAUCUAUAACAAACCUCGUUCAACCUUCUCAGGACUUUAAAUGGCCCUACAAACCGCCGACCCAGUUUCCGACAGGGCAGGCGGAGGGGCAGGUUUCUGGCAGAGAGCCAGACUCGAUCUCCAGGUGCGUACACAGGCCCCUCACUGCGGUUGUAGGUCGGCGCUCGUCUUCUGUCGACGUAUGGCACGCUGCAGAUGGACGUGUGCAGCGUUCCACGUCUCCUCCGAGCGCCGCACCCACUCAUCCACAGCGGGGGCCUCGAUCUGGCUCUCAUGCCAUGGUGCCAGAACCGGCUGGUACCCUAAAACACACUGAAAAGGGGUUAGUUGGGUGGAGGAGUGGCGGAGAGAGUUCUGUGCCAUCUCAGCCCAGGGCACAUAUCUCGCCCACUCCUCCGGCCGGUCCCGGCAGUAUGUUCUGAGAAACCUGCCCACAUCCUGGUUUACGCGUUCCACCUGCCCAUUACUCUCCGGGUGGUAACCCGAGGUGAGACUCACCGAGACCCCCAACCGCUCCAUAAAAGCUCUCCAGACUCUGGAGGUGAAUUGGGGACCCCGGUCAGCCACAAUGUCCUCGGGCACCCCGUAGUGCCGGAACACAUGAGUGAAUAGUGCUUCGGCGGGUCUGUAGGGCAGUAGGAAGACCCGGCAUGGGGAGCAAACGACAGGCCUUAGAGAACCGGUCCACAACGACCAGGAGUGUAGUAUUCCCUUGAGAGAGGGGAAGGUCAGUUAUAAAAUCCACCGAGAGGUGGGACCAUGGUCGUUGUGGAACGGGCAGGGGCAGUAACUUACCCCUAGGCAGAUGUCUAGGCGCCUUACACUGGGCGCACACCGAGCAGGAGGAAACAUAAACCCUCACAUCCCUGGCCAACGUGGGCCACCAAUAUUUGGCACUAAGACAGUGCACUGUCCGGCCGAUACCCGGAUGUCCAGAGGAGGGUGACGUGUGAGCCCAAUAGAUCAAUCGAUCCCGACACUCGAGCGGAACAUACUUCCGACCCUCCGGGCAUUGUGGUGGACUAGGGUCGGUGCGUAAUGCCCGCUCGAGCUCAGAAUCGAGCUCCCACACCACCGGUGCCACUAGACACGACUCCGGCAGUAUGGGAGUGGGCUCCACGGACCUCUCCUCCCCGUCAUACCGCCGAGACAGCGCAUCUGCCUUACCGUUUUGUGACCCAGGGAUGUAGGUGAUCUUAAAAGAGAAACGGGUCAAAAACAUACUCCAUCUAGCCUGUCGAGGGUUCAGCCUCCUCGCUGCCCGGAUGUACUCCAGGUUACGGUGGUCCGUCAAAAUGAGGAAAGGGUGUUGAGCCCCCUCAAGCCAGUGCCUCCACACCUUAAGGGCUUGUACCACAGCUAACAGCUCCCUGUCCCCUACGUCAUAAUUUCGCUCCGCCGGGCUGAGCUUCUUGGAAUAGAAGGCACAGGGGCGGAGUUUAGGUGGCGCGCCUGACCGUUGGGACAGCACGGCGCCAAUACCGGCUUCAGACGCGUCCACCUCUACCUGAAAUGGUAAAGAGGGAUCCGGAUGCGCCAGCACCGGAGCCGAGGUGAACAGGUCCUUCAGCUUCUCAAACGCCCUGUCCGCCUCGACUGACCACUGCAGACGCACCGGGCCCCCCUUUAGAGAGACGUGAUGGGAGCUGCCACUUGCCCAAAACCCCGGAUAAACCUCCGGUAGUAAUUCGCAAACCCCAAAAACUGCUGCACCUCUUUCACAGUGGUUGGUGUUUGCCAAUUACGCACGGCUGACACUCGGUUCUACCUCCAUCUUCACCCCUGACGCAGACAACUGAUACCCCAAAAAGGAAAUCGACUCCUGGAAAAACAGACACUUCUCUGCCUUCACAUACAGGUCGUGCUCCACCAGCCUCCGCAACACCCUGCGCACCAGGGCCACAUGCUCGACACGGGUAGGUGAGUACACGAGAAUGUCAUCUAUGUACACCACGACUCCCUGUCCCUGCAUGUCCCUGAAAAUCUCAUCCACGAAGGAUUGGAAAACUGACGGAGCAUUCAUCAACCCGUAUGGCAUGACUAGAUACUCGUAAUGGCCCGAGGUGGUACUAAAGGCUGUUUUCCAUUCAUCAUCCUUCCUGAUGCGCACCAAGUUGUACGCGCUCCUGAGAUCUAAUUUCGUGAAGAAAACGCGCCCCAUGCAACGACUCAGUCAUGGUCGCAAUCAGCGGGAGUGGAUAACUAUACUUCACCGUAAUCUGAUUGAGACCACGGUAAUCGAUGCACGGACGCAACCCCCCAUCCUUCUUCUUCACGAAAAAGAAACUCGAGGACGCGGGGGAAGUGGACGGCCGUAUGUAUCCUUGUCUCAGUGAUUCGUCUAUGUAAACCUCCAUAGCUUUCUUCUCCUCCUGAGACAGAGGAUACACAUGACUCCGUGGGAGCGCAGCUCCUGCCUGAAGGUCUAUCGCACAAUCCCCCUGCCUAUGGGGUGGCAACCGCGUCGCCCUCGCCUUACUAAACGCGAUAGCCAGAUCCCCAUACUCAGGUGGAAUGUGCAAUGCGGGCACCUGGUUUGGACUUUCCACCGAGGUAGCCCCUAAGGAAACGCCCAAACAUCUACCCACACACUGAGCAGACCACUCCAUCAGAGCCCUCUCCUGCCACGAAAUAACGGGGUUAUGGGUACUUAACCAGGGCAUGCCCAGCACCACCGGAUACGCAGGAGAGUCAAUCAGAAACAGUUGAAUUAUCUCCUGAUGACUCCCCUGCGCACACAUCCUAAGUGGCGCUGUGACCUCCCUGAUUAAGCCCGUACCCAACGGACGACUAUCUAGGGCGUGAACGGGAAAAGGAACUUCCACAGGGAGAAGGGGAAACCCUAACUCUAAACAAAACUUCUUAUCAAUGAAAUUCCCAGCCGCGCCUGAAUCUACCAGCGCCUUAUACUGGGAAUGAGGUGCCACCUGCGGGAAACACACAGGCAUACAAAAAUGGCCAACAGUGAGCUCUGGGUGAGUGGGGCGCCUACUCACCUGGAGGGAAUCCCCAGUGCGGGACCUGUCGUCAUCUCCCCGAGGAGGCCAUCCCCAGCACCUAGCCGCGGUGUGUCCUCCCCGACCACAGUUGGUGCAGUGGAUGGACCCCCUACUCUGUCGACUCCUCCUAUCUCUAGCGCCAGCGCCCCCGAGCUCCAUAGGACACGGCUCGGAUGCGCUGGAGGAUGGUAUGGACGGACCCCCCUCAGGACGUCCGCGGGUAGCCAAUAGGUUAUCUAACCUAAUUGACAUGUCGACCAGCUGGUCGAAAGUGAGACUGGCGUCCCGACAGGCCAGCUCCCGACGGACGUCCUCUCUGAGGCUACAUCGGUAGAGAUCGAUGAGGGCCCGCUCAUUCCACCCUGCAUCUGCCGCUAGAGUACGGAAUUCGAGUGCGAAUUCCUGGGCACUCCUCCUCCCCUGCCUGAGGAAGACCAGACGCUCCCCCGCCGCUUUCCCCUCCGGGGGAUGGUCGAACACCGCCCUAAAGCGGCGGGAGAACUCGGUGUAUGUAAUAGUCGUGGCGUCGAUCUUCCUCCACUCCGAGUUGGCCCACUCCAACGCUUUACCGGCCAGGCAGGAGAUCAGGGCGGACACGCUCUCAUGCCCUGAAGGUGCCGGAUGGACUGUGGCCAGGUACAGCUCUACCUGGAGCAGGAAUCCCUGACACCCAGCUGCGGUCCCGUCGUAGGACCUCGGGAGAGAUAGUCGGACUCCGCGAGGUUCCGGCGCUGGACUGGGUGGGCUGGCCGAUGGUGCUGGCAGGGCGGCUGGCGGUGGAGGCGGACCCCAGCCUCGGAGGGUGGUCAUCACCUCCUGCAGGGCGGCCCCCAUCUGCAGGAGCUGCUCUUGCUGUUCCCGAACCUGGGUUUCCAGUCUUGAAUGUGCUGCUUCGGCUCCUGCUGAUUCCAUACUGUAUGGUGUGUGAUUCUGUCAGAUCGUGUUGUAGGUGUGGUGUAGGAAUCAAACGCAGGAAGCAGACUGAAUUCCAAAAAGCUGUAUUCCUGCCUAAACACAGGCAACAGGACAAAAUAAGCCUGACAGCAAAAUACGCACGAAGGCGAAAAGACAAUGCGCACAAACAGGUGCGUCAGGAUGAAAAUAAGUGCACACACAAGUGCAACGAACGCUCCAGCAAACAGUGGAGAAAAAUAACGCUCAACCGAGCAAUACACAGACUGACGGUAACAAUCACACACAACACAAGACAAACACAACGAGAAACUUAUAGGACACUAAUUACUACAAAACAGAAACAGGUGUAGAAACAAACAGACAAAAGCAAACGAACAUGAAACAUCAAUCGGUGGCAGCUAGAAUUCCGGAGACGACGAACGCCGAAGCCUGCCCGAACAAGGGAGAGAGGCAGCCUCGGCCGAAACCGUGACAAGUAUAUGGGAGUGACCACAGAAGUAUAUGGGAGUGACCACAGAAGUAUAUGGGAGUGACCACAGAAGUAUAUGGGAGUGACCACAGAAGUAUAUGGGAGUGACCACAGAAGUAUAUGGGAGUGACCACAGAAGUAUAUGGGAGUGACCACAGAAGUAUAUGGGAGUGACCACAGAAGUAUAUGGGAGUGACCACAGAAGUAUAUGGGAGUGACCACAGAAGUAUAUGGGAGUGACCUUACUGAGUAAAGUAUUUGUCUUCAGUUAAAGGUCCAAAGCAGCUGUUUUUAUCUCAAUAUCAAAUAAAUUCCAGAUAACAAUUCAGUACCUUAGCAAAGAACAAUACGCCUUUUAGCAAAGAACAAUUUCCCAAGCAGUAGUUUUGCUAGGGCUGUCUGGGAGUGGUCUGGGUGAGGGGCCUAAUUGGACGAGCCUAAUGGGAGGGAUCUGUAACCGGAAAACAAACUAUUAUUGGCAGAGAGGUUUGAAACUCUCUUUGUUAUUGGUCUAUUAACUUAUACGGCCUGGUGAUGUCACCAGGCAGGCCAUAAUCUGUUGUGGACAGACUACGUAAACAUAAUGGUACCGUAGAUCUGUCACGAUACAAAGAGAUGUGUUUGAGAUAGCCAGCAGCAUUAUUUCCGGUGCUUUGGACCAAUCACGAUUUUGCAGGUAUUGACAUCUUUCGAAUUUCAGAAGAGGAGGGGACAUUUGGCCCAUAGACUUGCCCCUAACUUGCAAAGAGGUGGAGCUCUUUGUUCUGGUUCCGAUCCUCAUUCUAUCUCUUCUCUUAACACGUAUGGACCCAGAACUUAAUCGAACUUAAUCAUUCCCGGCUUAACUGAGAUUAUGCAAUCCUAAACUUCAUCCCACCAAAACAGGCUGAAAUUUCAAGAGGUCUUUUCAAACAGCUCUUACACAAAAAUAGCAUUAUCAUCAUUUUCACAAUUUCACAGUAUUAUUCCAACCUCAUAGUGUGGAAAUAUAUAUAAAACAGGAAAAUCAUGUUUUUGACUGCACUGGGCCUUUACAUGUAGAGAGUCACAGGACUGUGAGGCAUGGAUCUGCUCUUGUUGUGUGCUGCGUACGAUGGAGGGUUACGGGGAAUGUGCUGCGGGAUAUGUUUGGUCGGUAGAUUAAGCCGAUUAAACCAAUGCCUAUGCGUCGUGAGUUUCUCCUGGUUUUUCUGUAUUCGCUAACGAAGGCCAAGUUUGUCGCGUUGGUCCACCAGCUGUGUCUGGAAAUGGGAUUAAUUCACACCUAACAAAUGUUUGGCAGUUUGGCAGAGGCCAAUUUAAAUGAGUGACUGGCUGUUGUAGUUAGUGUCUUAUUGUAUAUGUAGCUGACUGUAGCUGACACAUAGAUAGAGCACUGUGAGAAAAGGGUCAUGUAACUCCACCCCCUCGUAGGUGGACUUCCGCUCUGACACUCACUCACUAAAUGAGUAUAGGAGAGAGAGAUCACUACUUAAACACACUGUAAAAUUACUCAAAUGUAAAAGUAAAUAGUCCGCUUUGAGCUGUUGCCAUUGUGUAACAGUUCAGGUAGCCUAUGCCUAAGUAGGGAAUCAUGGCUUAACCUCAUGUUAUGUUAUAUCAACAUCCCAGGCUGACAGCUGACAGAUAAUAGACCAUGUUUCACCACUGUGGAAAUAUUUACUUUUACAUUUGAGUAAUUUAGCAGACACUAAUCCAGUGUGAUUUACAGUCAGUGCAAUCAACUAAGUUUACUAUUAGAAAACGACCACACAUCGCAGCAAUUCCAAGUACACCCUUCUUUGAAUGUCAGGCAGAUAGUGAUCAGCAGAAUGUAUUCUCAUAACAGUAGGGGCCUCUCUGAGAUAGUUCAGCCAUCCCUCGGGUUUCACCGUCUGUGCUAUAGUGUUGAAAUGUUGGCCCUUGUUUUAGAGUCCGGGCCAAUUCUGUCGCUAGUGGUGUUCUGCCAUUCCAAUUCCUUAUCAGACAGAGACAGUGUUGACCUCUUCUCUAACUAAUUCUGUUUAAAUUGUUUAUUUCUUUAGUUCAGCCCCUCUUCUGUUUUAACUAUCAAGUCCAGAAAUGUGUUUUACUCCUGUGUCAUUUAUUUGUUAUCUAAAAAAAAACACAAUGAGUAACAAGUCUGAAUCAGUGAAUUGUAACUCUGCUUCCAUCUUCUGUCACACAGCCCCCGCAGAUUCUUACCCACAAUCCUUUGCUGGUGGACGGAGGGGAGACGGCGGUCAUCUCCAAGGCCGUGCUUCAGAUCGACGACCCAGACAACCCUCAGGUUUGUGUGUGUGCUUGCAUUUGUGUGUCCGUAUGUAUGUGUGUGUGUGUGUGUGUGUGUGCGUGUCUGUCUGUUUGUGUGUGUGUGUGAGUGUGAGUGUGUGUGUGUGUGUGUGUGUGUGUCUGUGUCUGAAAGUGUGUGUGUAUCUAAACAUCCCCCUGUGUGUGUCUCUUCCUCAAAGGACGUCCUGGUCAUGGUUCUGGACCCGCCCCAACAUGGCCGCCUGACCCGUCUCCACGGCGACCGGGCGCUGAGCCAGUUCAAGAUGGAGGAGUUGUCACGGGAACAGGUGCAGUAUGUCCAUGACGGGUCGACGGGGCGACGGGACAGGAUGCUGUUACAGGUCAACGAUGGACACAGCUACCAGAACAUUCUACUGCAGGUCACCAUUACUCAGAAGGUAGGAAGGAAGGAGGGAGAGAGGGAUUGUAUGUUUUUUGCCCGACUGUCAGGUCAAAUACUACAGUACCAUGAGAAAGUAUUUGUUCCAUUUCUGAUUUUCUCUACUUUUGAUACUGAAUGUUAUCAGAUCUUCAACCAAAACCUAAUAUUAGAUCAAGGGAACCUGAGUGAAGAAAUAACACAACAAUUACAUACUUAUUUUAUUUAUUUCGUAAACAAAGUUAUGCAACACCCAAUGCCCCUGUUUGAAAACGACUCAGCGACAUUUGUGGGUUUUCAAGCAUGAACUGCUCAUUUCAAGUCCUGCCACAACAUCUCAAACUGGACUUUGACUAGGCCAUUCCAAAACUUCAAAUGUGUUGUUUUUUAGCCAUUUUCAUGUAGACUUGAUUGUGUGUUUUGGAUCAUUGUCUUGCUGCAUGACCCAGCUGCGCUUCAGCUUCAGCUCACAGACGGAUGGUCUGACAUUCUCCUGUAGAAUUCUCUGAAACAGAGCAGAAUUCAUGGUUUCGUUCUUUUAAGGCAAGUUGUCCAGGUCCUGAGGCAGCAAGCAACCCCAAACCAUCUCCAAAUAUUCCAAACAUACUCUGGGACAAUUGUGGGAUGCGAUAGAUCCCAAAUUAAUACAACCACUCGCAUCAAAAAACCUUUUAAAAGCAAUGAGGCUGAUGCAACAGAUCAGAACGUUUAGGUUAAAAUAUUAUUAGCUAUUAGGCUUUUUUGUCUCAUUAUAAGCCCAGCAAUGCGCACAUGGCAGUAGGCUAUAAGUGUGAAUGUUCCAAAAUGCAAUCAAUUAGCGGGAAAACACUGUUCUCAAAAGUGACCACAAAUGCUAUUAUGCAUGUAAUGCUUUAUUAUAAAGGUGCAUUUUUAUGGUGAAAAUUAUCUUCCCCAAACUUGAAACUCACACGCCUCCUAUAUUCACUAUCAUUCAAAAGUUUGGGGUCACUUAGAAAUGUCCUUGUUUUCAAAAGAAAAUAAAAAAAUGUGUCCAUUAAAAUAACAUCAAAUUGAUCAGAAAUACAGUGUAGACAUUGUUAAUGUUGUAAAUGGCUAUUGUAGCUGGAAACUGCUGAUUUUUAAUGGAAUAUCUACAUAGGUGUACAGAGGCCCAUUAUCAGCAACCAUCAGUCCUGUGUUCCAAUGGCACGUUGUGUUUGCUAAUCCAAGUUUAUCAUUUUAAGAGGCCAAUUGAUCAUUAGAAAACCCUUUUGCAAUUUUGUUAGCACAGCUGAAAACUGUUGUGCUGAUUAAAGAAGCAAUACAACUGGCCUUCUUGAGACUAGUUGAGUAUCUGGAGCAUCAGCAAUUGUGGGUUCGAUUAAAGGCUCAAAAUGGCCAGAAACAAAUAACUUUCUUCUGAAACUCAUCAGUCUAGUCUUGUUCUGAGAAAUGAAGGCUAUUCCAUGCGAGAAAUUGCCAAGAAACUGAAGAUCUCGUACAACGCUGUGUACUACUCCCUUCACAGAACAGCACAAACUGGCUCUAACCAGAAUAGAAAGAGGAGUGGGAGGCCCCGGUGCACAGCUGAGCAAGAGGACGUCAACAGUGAAGAGGCGACUCCGGGAUGCUGACCUUCUAGGCAGAGUGCAAAGAAAAAGCAAUAUCUUAGACUGGCCAACAAAAAUAAAAGAUAAAGAUGGGCAGCCUGAGAUAUGGCUUUUUCUUUGCAACUCUGGUCAGCAUCCCGGAGUCACCUCUUCACUGUUGACGUUGAGACUGGUGUUUUGUGGGUACUAUUUAAUGAAGCUGCCAGUUGAGGACCUGUGAGGCGUCUGUUUCUCAAACUAGACACUCUAAUGUAUUUGUCCUCUUGCUCAGUUGUGCACCAGGGCCUCCCACUCCUCUUUCUAUUCUGGUUAGAGCCAGUUUGUGCUGUUCUGUGAAGGGAGUAGUACACAGCGUUGUACGAGAUCUUCAGUUUCUUGGCAAUUUCUCGCAUGGAAUAGCCUUAAUUUCUCAGACCAAGAAUAGACUGUCGAGUUUCAGAAGAAAGUUAUUUGUUUCUGGCCAUUUUGAGCCUGUAAUCGAACCAACAAUUGCUGAUGCUCCAGAUACUCAACUAGUCUCAAGAAGGCCAGUUGUAUUGCUUCUUUAAUCAGCACAACAGUUUUCAGCUGUGCUAACAUAAUCGCAAAAGGGUUUUCUAAUGAUCAAUUAGCCUUUUAAAAUGAUAAACUUGGAUUAGCAAACACAACGUGCCAUUGGAACACAGGACUGAUGGUUGCUGAUAAUGGGCCUCUGUACGCCUAUGUAGAUAUUCCAUAAAAAAAUCAGCCGUUUCCAGCUUCAACAGCCAUUUACAACAUUAACAAUGUCUACACUGUAUUUCUGAUCAAUUUGAUUAUACUUUAAUGGACAACAAAAUUGCUUUUCUUUCCAAAACAAGGAUAUUUCUGAGUGACCCUAAACUUUUGAACGGUAGUGUAUGCCAGUUAGGCUCUACACCGGUUGUAAAGCUAAUUAAUGUGCUUCAUUUUUACGAAGUUAUUUGGCCACUUUAGUUGUGAUACAAACCUUAUCAAAACAUAUAUGCCUAUGGGCUAGGCUACAUGAGGUGUGCGAAAAAGGCAUGCUCUGUUUCUUGCCUUACUGCACACGCUGGGCAUCAUUCACAAGUGAUAAUACAUCAUUCACAAGUGAUAGGCUAAUAUUGUCAACCGUCUGACUAUUCUUGAUUUAAUGUUGUCUUUACAUAUACUAAAUAAUAUAUGUGUGAUAUUAGUUUUGAUUUAGAAUGGACCAUUAUCAUGUAUCAUGACCUGUCUCGAAACAGGGGCAUGGGGAAAAUAAAUACAUGUCAUUUAUGCACUUAAAAAUAGCGAAUGGAAGACGCUUUUCCCGUGGUUCAUUUUCAUGCCAGCCAGGUAACCUAUACGCCUGUUGUAAAGCGAAGCAAUGUGCUUAAUAUUACACACACACACACACACACACACACCUUUCAGACAGCCCAUUGAGCUGUCAUUGUAAGGCUGAUGCGAAGCAGCAUUGUCCUUCUCCGCUUAUCUUAUCUUCCUCUCCUCUUCCUCUCCUUCAUCUGCUGAUGUGAUGUGAACUAGACAGCUGUAAGCGUAGCAUCCUCCAUAUUCCUUUCACCUGUAAUGUAUUUUUAGAUCUGUGUAUCCCAUGCAGCAGCAGCAGACUCAGAGUACACUUAGUCGAUCUCUCUCAUGUUUUAGUCACCCGUAAUACUGCCAUUACCAUGGCGCUUUCUCUCUCCAACUGUUCCCCCCGGUGCCAAGCCUUGCCAAGCCUUGUGCUAGCCGGGUUACAAAGGAGCUCCUGAGAGAUGGAUCAUGGAGAGAGCUGGAGAGUAAUUAGUCUUUAAUGAGACGGUGAUGGAUGACAUUCCCCCUCAAGAGGGCUAAGCCUCUGGGUUCGUCCCACAUGGCCCAAUCCUCGACUAUGGACCCUGGUCAAAGGUAGUGAGUGUACAAAACAUUAGCAACACCUUCCUAAUAUUGUCACACCUGAAUUGGUGAGGACGGUGCAUGUUGGUUGGCAGGAUGAGACAACUUCCUGCUCUUAUACAAAUGAUUCAUCAGAAGUCCCCAUGGGUUGGGCAUCAGGCUGAAUAACUGAAUUGAAUUGCAGUACUUUCAAACAAUAUCUGCCAUUGAAAAGAAAUAAUAAUUGUUACAUAUCUUGUGUUUUUACAGCUUACCCAUGCUCCUCAUGUUCUGUCGGUGCCCACCACGUGGGUGAGAGAGGGAGGCAUGGUACAGCUGGGGAAGAGGUAUCUGAGGACAGAGUAUCAGGGAGCCAGCGAUGACCAGAUCAUCUACACCAUAGUGCGCUCCAAGGGAAGCCCCAAAUACGGUACGAUACACAGCCUUACCCCCCCCCCCCCCCCCCCCCCAAACAUGCUCCUGUUUCUGCUUACUCACACUGUGUUCAUUUGGUAAUGAUGCUAAUUUGUCUUUUUGACAGUCGCUUACCUCCCACACCUCUCUCAAACCCCUAAUGAUCUAAUUACCCUCUCCCUUACCUUCUCUCUCUCCCUUACCGUCUCUCUCUCCCUUACCUUCUCUCUCUCCCUUACCUUCUCUCUCUCCCUUAUCUUCUCUCUCUCCCUUACCUUCUCUCUCUCCCUUACCAUCUCUCUCUCCCUUAUCUUUUCUCUCCCCUCCCUUUUUUUCUUCUCCCCCUCUUUCCCCUUUCCUUCUCUCUCUUUCCCUUUUAAAACCCUUUUCCCCUCUCCGGGCCCCCUCCUUCUCUUUCUCCCUUUUCUUCUCUCUUUUCCCUUACUUCUCUCUCUCCCCUUUCCAUCCUCCUUCCCCUUAUCUUUUCUCUCUCUUUUUUCCUUCCCCCCUUUCUCUUUUCUCUUCCCUUUCUUUUCCCCUCUUCCCCUUCCCCCUUUUCCCUUCCCUACCCUUUUCUUCUUCUCCUUUCCCCUUUUCCCCCACCUUUUCUCUCUCCCGUUCCCCCCUUUUCUCUCCCUUCUCCUCUUCCCCCCCUUUAAAAAAAUUUUUUCCUCUCUCCCUUCCCUUUCUCUCUCUCUCCCUUCCUCUUUCCCUUCCCCCUCCCUCUCCCUUCACCCUUUUUCCUUCUUCUCUCCCUUACCCUUCUCCCCCCCUUUUCCCUUAAAACCUUUCCCCUUUUCUCUCUCCCCCUUUCCCUCUCUCUCUAAACUUAACCAUCCUCUCCUUCCCCUUAAACCCUUUUUCUCUCCCCCCAAAAAUUCUCUUUUCUCCCUUUUUCUUUCUCUCUCACCUUCUCUCUCUCCCCUUAAACCCUCUCUCUCCCCCCUUACCCCUCUCUUCUCCCUUCCCUUUUCCUCUCCCUCACCCCCUUUUCUCUCUCCCUUACCUUCUCUCUCCCCCUUUCUUUUUUCUCCCUUUUCCCUUUUCUCUCCCUCCCUCCCUUUUCUUCUCCCUUCUUCUCUCCCUCUCUCACCUUCUCUCUCUCCCUUCCCCAUUUUUCCUCUCUCCCUUACCAUCCUCCUCUCCCUUCCCCUUUCUCCCCUUUUCCCUUCCCCUUCCCCUCUCUUCCCUUAACCCUUUUUCUCUCUCCCCUUUCCCUUCUUCUCUCCUUCCCCUUCCUCUCUUUUUCCCCCACUUCCUCCCCUUUUUCUUCUCUCUCUCCUCUGGGCCCUUUCUUCUUUCUCUCUCUCAAACCCUUCCCCUCUCCUCCCUUCCCUUUUUCCCCUCUCCCUUACCCUUUUCUCUCUCCCUUUUCCCCCCAACCUCUCUCCUUCUUUCCCCCUUUCCCCUUUUCUUCUUCCCCCUUUCCUUUUUCUCUCCCUCCCCUUCCCUCUCUCCCCUUUCUUUCUCCUCUCCCCCCCUUCUUCCCUCCCUUACCUUCCCCUCUCUUUUCCCCCCACCUUUUCCCCCUUUCCCUUUAUUCCCCUUAUCUCUCUCCUUCCCUUUCUCUCCCCUUUCCCCCUUUUCUCCCCCCUCCCCUUAUCUUCCCCUUUUCUCCCUUACUUUUUCUCCUUUUUCUCCCUUUCCUUCUCUCUCCCCUUCCCUUCCCCCCUCCCUUCCCCCCCUUCCCCUCCCCUUCCCCUUUUCUUCCCCUCCCUUAUUUUUCUCCCUCCCCUCACCUUUUCCCCCCUCCUUUUCCCCCUUACCUUCCUUCUCUCCCCCUUUUUCUCACUCUCUUCCCCUUUCCCUUCUUUUCUCCCUUUACCAUCUCUCCCUUUCUUCUCCCUUUCCUUUUUCCUCUCCCUUCCCUUUUCCCUCCCUUACCCCUUUUCUCUUUUCCCCUUUCCCCCCUUCUCCCUCUCUCCCUUCCUUCUCUCUCCCCUUACCCUUUCCCCCUCUCCCCCCUUUCCCUUCCCCCUCUCUCCCCCCUUUUCCUCCCUUACCUUCUUCUCCUCCCUCCCCUUUCUCCUCUCCCGCCCUUGGCCCCCUUCUCGCCCCCCUCCACCUUCCAACCCCUCCCUUAAACCCUUUUCUCCUUCCUCUCCCUUACCCGCCCCCUUUUCCCUUAAACCCUCUCCUCUCCCUCACCCCUCCCUUUCCCCUCACCUUCCUCCUUUUCUCCCUUAUCUUUCUCUCUCUCCCUUACCUUCUCUCUCUUCCCCCCCCCUUCCCCCUUUUUCUCCCCUUCCUUUCCCCCCCCUUUUUAAAACCCUUCUCUCCUUUUCUCGGGUCUCCCCCCUCUCUCUUCUCUCUUUUUCCCUCUCCUCCCUCUAGGGGAAGUGGUGUUGGUGCCAAUGCCAGCCGACGGCCCAGUGGAAGGUUGGCAGCCCUCGCCCGAUGACAGAAUCUCUACCCCCACCUCCUCCUUCACUCAGCAGGAUGUGAAUGAGGGCAGUGUGUGGUACAAACACUUUGGUACCGCCGGCAGGACGCAAGGAGACACCUUCCAGUUCCAGGUGAGUGGUGGUUGUGUGUCCAUUGUCCACCAACCCACCUGCCUGCCUGCCUCAGGCUCACUGGGCACAAGCUCACAAACAAUCUCUGGACCAUUCUGUUUUCUUCCUAGCCUUCUUGUCUUCCUUUUUUCAACUCUAUUACUUUCUUUUUUCAGUUAUCUUCUUUCUUCCCCUAUUUCUAUAUCUCUUCUCUCUUCUUCCUUUCUCCUCUGCAUAUCCCUCUCUCCUUCCAACCUCUCUCUUCUUCCUUCCAUCUAUAAAUCACUGCUAGGCAAAUCCCAGCCUUAUCUUAGCUCAUUGGUCACCAUAGCAACACCCACCCGUAGUCUGCGCUCCAGCAGGUAUAUCUCACUGGUCACCCCCAAAGCCAACACCUCCUUUGGCCGCCAUUCCUUCCAGUUCUCUGCUGCAAAUGACUGGAACGAACUACAAAAAUCUCUGAAGCUGGAGACACUUUUCUCCCUCAUUAACUUUAAGCAUCAGUUGUCAGAGCAGCUUACCGAUCACUGCACCUGUACACAGCCCAUCUGUAAUUAGCCCACCCAACUACCUCAUCCCCAUAUUGUUAUUUACAUUGUUAUUUAUUUUGCUCAUUUGCACCCCAGUAUCUCUAUUUGCACAUCAUCUUCUGCACAUCUAUCACUCUAGUGUUAAUACUAAAUUGUAAUUAUUUUGCACUAUGGCCUAUUUAUUGCCUUACCUCCAUAACUUACUACAUUUGCACACACUGUAUAUAGAUUUUUCUAUUGUGUUAUUGACUGUACGUUUUUGUUUAUUCCAUAUGUAACUCUGUGUUGUUGUUGUUUUUAUCGCACUGCUUUGCUUCAUCUUGGCCAGGUUGCAGUUGUAAAAGAGAACUUGUUCUCAACUGGCUUACCUGGUUAAAUAACGGUUAAAAAAGAUAAAAAUAAAACUCCCUCUCUCCUUCCAACUUCUCUCUUCCUCUCUGCUGUCUGUCUCCAUUGCUUUUCCCUCAUUUUAUCUCUCCCUCCCCUCCUCCACCCACCAUCCUUCAUAGCCAUCCACACUCAAGUGUUUACAUUUUUUAGGGGGUAGAUCAGCUUUAAUAUUGCAGAUAGAUUGUGGGUUCUAUCAAUGUAAUUGUCUGCAUCAUUUCCAAUCCCCCAUAUAUUUGUUUGAUCUUUUUAAAAUAUAUUUUCCUUCUUCCACCCCUAUUCUAAUUGGAUUAAACUAAUGGACAACGUUACUUAGGCUUCUAUUUCCAGCUUAUACACACUUUAUACAUUUUACGGACACAGUACAUUUGGCAUUAGUUAUCUUUUUCUUAUUUUGAUUUUUUUUGGGUCACCCUUCAGCUACCCUCAACCCCUCCCAUCUACAGUAUCUCUAAAAACCAUCCAGUUUAGAUUUCUACUUUCCAUAUAUUUUUUAACUGUGCUGUGAUGUUUCACAAAAGUUCUGAACCUUUCUAUUCUCAUAGUUUCUACAGAUUGUAAAUUAGAGAUUAACAUUUUUACUAAGAGUAUUAUUAAAUUAUUGAUCGAAUGACUAUGGCUUUUCAAGUCACCCAGCAGUGCUAUUAUACAGAGUUAGCUUUAGGUAAAUGUUGUGAUUUUUCAGCAAUUCCUGAACCAAUUCCUGAAUACAUAACAUUCUAUUGGUUGCAAGAAUUUUGUAUAGUAAUUUAAAUAUACAAACUUUAAGUUUUUCAAGUCUUGCCAUACAUUUUCAAGCAGAUUUAAGUCAAAAAUGUAACUAGGCCACUCAGGAACAUUCAAUGGCGUCGUGGUCAGCAACUCCAGUGUAUAUUUGGCCUUAUGUUUUAGGUUAUUGUCCUGCUGAAAGGUGAAUUUGUCUCCCAGUGUCUGUUGGAAAGUAGACUGAACCAGGUUUUGGAUUUUGCCUGUGCUUAGCUCUAUUCCGUUUCUUUAUAUCCUAAAAAACUCCCUAGUCCUUACCGAUGACAAGCAUACCCAUAACAUGAUGCAGCCACCACCAUGCUUGAAAAUAAUAUAUAAAUGGUACUCAGUGAUGUGUUGUGUCGGAUUUGCCCCAAAAAUAACGCUUUGUUUUCAGUUCAGUUCAGUUUUAUUUUAUAAAAGCUUCCUUCUUUUCGCUCUGUCGUUUAGGUUAGUAUUGUGGAGUAACUACAAUGUUGUUGAUCCAUCCUCAGUUUUCUCCUAUCACAGCCAUUUAACUCUGUAACUGUUUUAAAGUCACCAUUGGCCUCAUGGUGAAAUCCCUGAGUGGUUUCCUUCCUCUCGAGCAACUAAGUUAGGAAGGACGGCUGUAUCUUUGUAGUGACUGGGUAUAUUGAUACACCAUCCAAGUGUAAUUAGUAACUUCACCAUGCUAAAAGGAAUAUUCAAUGUCUGUAUUUUCUUAAUUUUUAGGGUUAGGGUUGAAUACUUAUUGACUCAAGACUUUUCAGCUUUUCAUUUUUUAUAAAUUUGUAAAAAUGUCGAAAAACAUAAUUUCAUUUUGACAUUAUGUGGUAUUGUGUUUAGGCCAGUGACAAAAAAACUCAAUUUGAUCCAUUUUAAAUCCAGGCUGUAACACAACAAAAUCUGGAAAAAGUCAAGGGGUGUGAAUACUUUCUGAAGGCACUGUACAGUGGGGGGGGGGGAAGUAUUUAGUCAGCCACCAAUUGUGCAAGUUCUCCGACUUAAAAAGAUGAGAGAGGCCUGUAAUUUUCAUCAUAGGUACACGUCAACUAUGACAGACAAAUUGAGAAUUUUUUUUCUCCAGAAAAUCACAUUGUAGGAUUUGUAAUGAAUUUACUUGCAAAUUAUGGUGGAAAAUAAGUAUUUGGUCACCUACAAACAAGCAAGAUUUCUGGCUCUCACAGACCUGUAACUUCUUCUUUAAGAGGCUCCUCUGUCCUCCACUCGUUACCUGUAUUAAUGGCACCUGUUUGAACUUGUUAUCAGUAUAAAAGACACCUGUCCACAACCUCAAACAGUCACACUCCAAACUCCACUAUGGCCAAGACCAAAGAGCUGUCAAAGGACACCAGAAACAAAAUUGUAGACCUGCACCAGGCUGGGAAGACUGAAUAUGCAAUAGGUAAGCAGCUUGGUUUGAAGAAAUCAACUGUGGGAGCAAUUAUUAGGAAAUGGAAGACAUACAAGACCACUGAUAAUCUCCCUCGAUCUGGGGCUCCACGCAAGAUCUCACCCCGUGGGGUCAAAAUGAUCACAAGAACGGUGAGCAAAAAUCCCAGAACCACACAGGGGGACCUAGUGAAUGACCUGCAGAGAGCUGGGACCAAAGUAACAAAGCCUACCAUCAGUAACACACUACGCCGCCAGGGACUCAAAUCCUGCAGUGCCAGACGUGUCCCCCUGCUUAAGCCAGUACAUGUCCAGGCCCGUCUGAAGUUUGCUAGAGUGCAUUUGGAUGAUCCAGAAGAGGAUUGGGAGAAUGUCAUAUGGUCAGAUGAAACCAAAAUAGAACAUUUUGGUAAAAACUCAACUCGUCGUGUUUGGAGGACAAAGAAUGCUGAGUUGCAUCCAAAGAACACCAUACCUACUGUGAAGCAUGGGGGUGGAAACAUCAUGCUUUGGGGCUGUUUUUCUGCAAAGGGACCAGGACGACUGAUCUGUGUAAAGGAAAUAAUGAAUGGGGCCAUGUAUCGUGAGAUUUUGAGUGAAAACCUCCUUCCAUCAGCAAGGGCAUUGAAGAUGAAACGUGGCUGGGUCUUUCAGCAUGACAAUGAUCCCAAACACACCGCCCGGGCAACGAAGGAGUGGCUUCGUAAGAAGCAUUUCAAGGUCCUGGAGUGGCCUAGCCAGUCUCCAGAUCUCAACCCCAUAGAAAGUCUUUGGAGUGAGUUGAAAGUCCGUGUUGCCCAGCGACAGCCCCAAAACAUCACUGCUCUAGAGGAGAUCUGCAUGGAGGAAUGGGCCAAAAUACCAGCAACAGUGUGUGAAAACCUUGCGAAGACUUACAGAAAACGUUUGACCUGUGUCAUUGCCAACAAAGGUAGUAUAUGGGGCUUUGGUGACAAAACAGAUGGCACUGUGAUAGACUACAUCCAAUUUGCUGAGUAGAGUGUUGGAGGCUAUUUUGUAAAUGACAUCGCCGAAGUCAAGGAUCGGUAGGAUAGUCAGUUUUUCGAGGGCAUGUUUGGCAGCAUGAGUGAAGGAGGCUUUGUUGCGAAAUAGGAAGCCGAUUCUAGAUUUAACUUUGGUUUGGAGAUGCUUAAUGUGAGUCUGGAAGGAGAGUUUACAGUCUAACCAGACACCUAGGUAUUUGUAGUUGUCCACAUACUCUAGGUCAGACCCGUCGAGAGUAGUGAUUCUAGUCGGGUGGGCAGGUGCCAGCAGCGUUCGAUUGAAGAGCAUGCAUUUAGUUUUACUAGUGUUUAAGAGCAGUUGGAGGCUACUGAAGGAGUGUUGUAUGGCAUUGAAGCUCCUUUGGAGGUUUGUUAACACAGUGUCCAAUGAAGGGCCAGAUGUAUACAAAAUGGUGUCAUCUGCGUAGAGGUGGAUCUGAGAGUCACCAGCAGCAAGAGCGACAUCAUUGAUAUACACGGAGAAAAGAGUCGGCCCAAGAAUUGAACCCUGUGGCACCCCCAUAGAGACUGCCAUAGGUCCAGACAACAGGCCCUCCGAUUUGACACAUUGAACUCUAUCUGAGAAGUAGUUGGUGAACCAGGCGAGGCAGUCAUUUGAGAAACCAAGGCUAUUUAGUCUGCCAAUAAGAAUGCAGUGGUUGACAGAGUCGAAAGCCUUGGCCAGGUCAAUGAAGACGGCUGCACAGUACUGUCUAUUAUUGAUUGUGGUUAUAAUAUCGUUUAGGACCUUGAGCGUGGCUGAGGUGCACCCAUGACCAGCUCGGAAACCGGAUUGCAUAGCGGAGAAGGUACGGUGGGAUUCGAAAUGGUCGGUGAUCUGUUUGUUAACUUGGCUUUCAAAAACUUUUGAAAGGCAGGGCAGGAUGGAUAUAGGUCUGUAACAGUUUGGAUCUAGAGUGUCACCCCCUUUGAAGAGGGGGAUGACCGCGGCAGCUUUCCAAUCUCUGGGGAUCUCAGACAUUACGAAAGAGAGGUUGAACAGGCUAGUAAUAAGGGUUGCGACAAUUUCGGCGGCUAGUUUUAGAAAGAAAGGGUCCAGAUUGUCUAGGCCAGAUGAUUUGUAGGGGUCCAGAUUGUGCAGCUCUUUCAGAACAUCAGCUAUCUGAAUUUGGGUGAAGGAGAAGCGGGGGGGGGGGGGGGGGGGGGGGGGGGGGGGGGGGGGGGGGGGGGGGGGGGGGGGGGCAUGGGCAAGUUGCAGCGGAGGGUGCAGAGCUGGUGGCCGGGAUAGUGGUAGCCAGGUGGAAAGCAUGGCCAGCCGUAGCAAAAUGCUUGUUGAAAUUCUCGAUUAUUGUAGAUUUAUCGGUGGUGAUAGUGUUUCCUAGCCUCAGUGCAGUGGGCAGCUGGGAGGAGGUGCUCUUAUUCUCCAUGGACUUUACAGUGUCCCAAAACUUUUUGGAGUUAGUGCUACAGGAUGCAAAUUUCUGUUUGAAAAAGCUAGCCUUUGCUUUCCUAACUGCUUGUGUAUAUUGGUUCCUAACUUCCCUGAAAAGUUGCAUAUCGCGGGGGCUAUUCGAUGCUAAUGCAGUACGCCACAGGAUGUUUUUGUGCUGGUCAAGGGCAGUCAAGUCUGAGGAGAACCAGGGGCUAUAUCUGUUCUUAGUUCUGUAUUUUUUGA